AUGAUCGACUACUUCCUCGCCUGGGCCACCAGCGUCAACAUGGUGUCGUGUAUCUCGGCCGAAGAAGCUAGUCGACAGCGCGCGAAUAGAGACCUCAGCAUCGCGUGUCUCAAGGCCCUUGCCGCGUUCUACGACCGGCUCAAGCUCGUGCCCAGACACGCGCUCCUCCGCUGCAACCACACUGCUAACAACGAGGUCGUCCAUGUUUAG